GCCUCCCGCACAAGCUUCUCUGAUCUCUCUCUCUCUCUCUCUCGUUCAUUCUUCACUGAUCACAAUAAUGAAGUUCUUCAGCUGGGUGCAGAACAUCAAACUCGGAGCUGCAGCGAGGCAAGAUAACAGAUCAAAUCCAAACCCUAUUCAUCAACUACUUGUAAGCCCCUUAGUUCAUUCAUAUCGUGCAAAACAAGAGGCCCGAGAAGAAUUCAGCGAUUGGCCGCAUGGUUUGCUUGCAAUAGGAACUUUUGGGAACAAGAAUGAAGUCAAAGCAAAUCCGGAGACCCAAAACGCUCAUGGCGAAGAUGAAGUAGUGGAUUUCACUCCUGAAGAAAUUGGGAACCUCCAGAGGGAGCUCAAUAAGCUCUUGAGACAGAAACCCAAUGUGGAGAAGGAGAUCGCCGAACUACCUCUCGACAGGUUUCUCAACUGCCCGUCCUCCUUGGAGGUCGAUCGAAGGAUCAGUAAUGCUCUGUCCAGUGAUUCAGAUGAUAAAGAACAAGAUAUUGAGAAGACCCUUGGUGUCAUCCUUGGUAAAUGCAAGGACAUUUGUGCAGAUAAUACCAAGAAGGCCAUUGGGAAGAAGCCAAUUUCUUUUCUUCUUAAGAAAUUGUUCGCUUGUAGAAGCGGGUUUGCGCUGCCACCAAAUCCUAAAGAUAUCCUGCAAGAAUCAAAAAUGGAAAAGCUUUUAAGGACAAUUCUUCACAAGAAAAUAUACUCCCAAACUUCUCGAUCACCGUCAAUGAGAAGGUGCUUAGAGGACAAGAAGAUUGCAAAGAGGAAUGAUGAGGAAGAAACAGAGGAGAGAACUGACGAUGGCUGUAAAUGGGUUAAGACUGAUUCCGAAUACAUCGUCCUAGAGAUAUAAAUCUACCUCUACUAGUUACUGCCUUCUUAUUUACAUGCUCAGAUUUACAACCUUUGUCGUGCGGGCCUCAGGUUAGGUCAACAAGUUAAAGAUAUACAUAAAACAAGAUGGGGGUUGUGGAGUGAAGCUCACUUUUUUAAAGGAGAGUUUAUCUGUAACACUGCACCAAAAUGACAGGUGCAGAUGCGGAAGAUCUGUUUGGUUGACACUUAGCAGUGCCAGCUUCCUCCUUUUUUCAUGGUUGUAUCUGCGGAUGCAGGGCAGCUCAUGUUACAGAAAGUCAUAGCUUUGCAGCCAUCUGCACUCACAAUGCUACGCUUUCUGAACACACACUAUUAUUACCUGUCAUACCACUUUGUUUUCCCCUCUCCUAGUUUGUGAGCUUCUCUGUUUCUAAGAAGAUUUGGCAAUGAGUAAUCUACAGAAUUAUGUAGUUCAGUAUGGUUGUUUCAUUCUUGUGUCUGAAAAAGCUUUAUCUAUGACCUCCUCCAGGUAAAUCCAACUUUUCCAUAGUGAAAGUCAUGUACCAUAGAUAAUCUGUGACCAAGUGUAUAAAUAUAUUUAAGAGA